GUCAAAGUUUAAUGUUUGUAACCUGCCAAAAUUGAGCAUUGACCAUGAAUACCUAGGUACCGACUUUAAUUGUUUCAGUUCUGAAUUUUUUUGAGAUAUCUCACUGUUUGACUUCGAUAUUUGGAUACCACUCAUUUACACUAUCUAUCUAUAUGUUUUGAGUCAACGUAUGAUUAAUAGCGAUUAUCAUUGAUAAUAUGAUCUCCCAAGUUCCAAAGAGACAGUUUUACCUUCACAGAUCGCACCUACUGUGGAGCAAUCCGUGAAUUCGUGGAGUUUUUAGGGUCACCGUGGAAAAAGCAGUGUUCGCCUUGAUGGAAUUCCCUACCUAUCGGUUCCGAGUAUCAUGAUAUCAUUAUAUUAGUAACAAAAUCCUGUCUGGUAAUUUAGUCCUCGGCCGAAGUUGGUGCGAACGUAGUGACCGUUAAUAGUUUAUCGUGGUAGGUUUACCGAAAAUAUCUAUCGAAUAGGAACUUGCUCGUGGCCGGAUUAGCGUGUGGUGUGAAGUUAAACUGUGUACCUAUUCAUGAUGAGAAUUUUAUUUAGCGUGAUUUUGUUCGGGGGUGUUUUUUCGCAAACACUUGUUUCCAGUGCUGAAGACAGCCUUACGACUGCGGAAUACUCAGGAACGACAAUUGAAAACAAGAUUACCAUUUUGCUACCGAAAUGUUGCUCCCAUGGUUUUGCUGUUGGAGCAAGCAACUGCAGCCUCACAAAUGUAACCUUUCAACCAGAUUUCAGCGUUCACAAGCACAAUGAUACAGCUUUCGAUGAUGAACCGAUUGAUUCCAGCUUAAUUAUCUUCGACACUUACAUCAAGGAUCCUUGCAAAGGACUCAAGUUUCCCCUAUCACCUGAGGAAAAUCCAAUAUUUCUAGUAAAUGGGUCACUUCUGCUAGCUGGCAUGGGUGAAUAUGAUGGUAUAUUAGGACAUAAUCAGUUCUGCAUAGAUAACUUAAACAUGAUUCCUGGAGACUCUACAGUGUAUACCUUCGUAUGCGUAAGAGACCAAGAAGAUAACGCUCUUCCUAGAUGGGUGUUUACAGCUUAUAUAACCCUUGUUACAAUAUCCUCCCUUCUCUUCUCCUCAUCCGCAGUUUUUUUUUAUAAACAAGAUUCGAGAGGGAUUCACAGGAAGUCCUUCAUAGCGUUUGCUAUUUCGAUGAGUGUAACCUACUUGAUCAUCAUAUUGAUGCAGUUCAUAUCUUGGGGUUGCAAAUUCUUCGGGUUACUCCUUCAAUUUUUCGUGAUACUUUCCUUCUGUUGGCUUGCUGUAUUAUGUUUUGAUCUUGCUUGGAGCAUUCAUAAUUACAGGGUGAAGGAAAAUGUGGAUCGCACCAAAUACUACAUAGGAAGUACCAUUUUAGUAUCCUCCGUAUUCCUUAUAAUAUCUGUGUCCAAUAAUUUUACUCCAGAUAUUCCCUUCACCUUCUUCAAACCUCAGUUUGAGAAGACCAGCUGCAUUGAAUUUGCCAAUCGGCGUUCUUCAUUAUUUUUCACCGCCAUAAUCCUAACACUGACAGUAUCGGUGCUGAGCCUAUCUUAUAGUUUACUUAAAAUGAACCGAAAUCGAUAUGGCAAUACAGACGAGGGACUACAACAAUGGAAAAGGGUAUCAAAAAAAUACAGUUAUAUGUAUGGAAGAAAAUUGGUGCUGUUUGUUUCAAUGAUUAUUUGGAUUUUCGACGCAUUUAGCGACCGUUUUCCUCCUAACUCUUCCAUCUCUAUGAUCAUACUGUCGGUCCAAGCUUUUCACGGUUUCAUAGUUGUGCCCUUGUACACCAUGAAAACACUGAGGAGAGUUAUUGAUGUGAACAAUAAACCCCGAAUAGACAAUUUAGACGAGUUACUUGAAAUUGGUAACAACCAUGUGACUGAAAUAGACAGAAGAAGGAAAUGAAAAAUCUUUUUUAUUUAUUUCUGAUAUAACUGUGAUAAUAUUUAUUGUGUAUAUGUUCUCUAAACUAUAAAUAUUUUUCCCAAGACUGAAUGAAUCUGCCUAUGCUUCAGUAGCUUGGCAUGUUGAAGUGAAAUUUCCUUUUGAAUUAAGCAUCACAACCAUUAUUGUAUUUCAAUUUGUAGAUUUCAUUAUGAAUUUUGUUACAUCGAAUAUUUAAAUGACUUAAAUGAUAAAAGUUGUGCAUGACAAUUAUUUUUUAUAACAAUGCAUAGACCUAGUCAAUAAAUUUCUUUACUAUU